AUCCUCUCCUCUCGCCUUCUGCUGCACGAAAACCAUAACCUCACGCAACCAAACACGCACCUCGAUUUAAACUUCCACCGUCACCGGCGAUAGACCCGUCUAAAAUUCAAUUGACUUGCCGGAAAAUGGAGGUUCCGGCGAUCGCUGGUGACAUUGGGAUCCAAUUGACGUUUUAUUUCGCUGCUUGUUUGGGAACUCUAACCGUAUCUGGUGGUACAAACCCUAAGCAAAAGCAACUUUACUUGGCAUAGUUUUCAAGUUAUUCCAUGCUUCAUCUCGCAAACCCGAGGCAGAUUAUGACUAUAUAAUAAUAGGAAAAAAAGGAAAAUCGAAGAGACUUGCUCUGGUUUCAGCGUCUUCAGUUUUGGCAGAUCAUUAUUUUUUUUUCUUUUUAGGCUUUUGCCUUUUUGUGGAGUUUUCUGACUUUUCUUCGUCCUCAAAUUUUGAAAACGAAGGCGGAGAAUCGAGAAAAGGUGAUUGUGCAGAACUUCAGAGGCAAUUACUUUUACACAGUUCUGUCUUCUUUCUGACUUCGAUUAAAAAUUAAGCUCGAGAUUCGGUAAUGGAAAAGAACUGAAGAGUGUGAGAUUCCGUCCUGAGCCAUCGUCAUCACCGUGAUGCCUUUUCCGAUGAAAAUUCAACCAAUCGAUUCUCAGAUACCUUCGGACGGGACUCGGCUUGAGCUGGUCAAGCCGGUUGUCAAGUCGCGAUUGAAGCGGCUACUGGAGCGCCAGUUCUCCGGCGUUCUGAAAAAUUCAGCGGUGGAAAAGAUAACCGGUGGCGAGGAUCCGCAUUUAGGCAAGGAUGUCGUCAACGACUCUGGUGACUUCGAGCCGAGCUCGGCGUGUUUGGCAAAAAUGGUGCAGAAUUUCAUCGAGGAGAAUCACGAGAAACACUCCGCUUCCGUUCGGUGUGGACGCAACCGCUAUAACUGCUUCAAUAGAAACUGCGACGAUAGCUCCGACGAGGAGUCAGACGCACUUGGAGGUUUCAAUGACUCCAACCAUUCUUCCGGCGAGGUGUCUGAAAUCCUCAAGGGUCUGGUAACUUGUUCGAGCAUUUGUGAGAAGAAUUUGCUAGCGGACACUACGAAGAUCAUUGAGAAGAAUAAGAUCUGCAAGCGCAAAGACAAUUUCUGCCGAAAGAUUGUCACGGACGAGUUGUUAGCGCUGGGAUACGAUGCUUCCGUUUGCAAAUCUCGCUGGGAAAAAUCGCCCUCUUAUCCUGCCGGGGAAUACGAAUACAUAGAUGUUAUGAUGGGGAAAGAGCGAGUGCUAAUUGACAUUGACUUCAGGUCAGAAUUCGAGAUUGCUAGAUCCACCAAGACGUAUAUUACGAUUCUCCAGAACCUUCCCUACAUAUUCGUUGGAAAGUGUGAUCGGUUGCAGAGUAUCGUGGCCAUCGUUUCGGAGGCAGCGAAGCAGAGUCUGAAGAAGAAGGGUAUGCACGUUCCGCCAUGGAGGAGAGUCGAAUAUGUGAAAGCAAAAUGGCUCUCCCCUUACACGCGAACUUCUACUACACCCUGCUCACGUGAGAUCGAUGAGAAGAGCGAAGAGCAACAGCUUUUGGUGGAAAACUCUAUCACUGCCGAGUCGGAGAGUUCCGGCGAAGACAACAAGGCGGUGAUCGAGUGGAAGCCGCCGGAGCUGAAACCCAAGGGUCCUUUGAAUGGGGUUAAGGUCGUGACCGGUUUGGCAGUGGUUUUUGACGAUGAUAACCCAUAAAAUUUUGACUUUUUUUUUCGGCUUUUUUUUUUCCUCUGUAUUUUGCUAAAGUGAGGAUUAAAAAUCUUAUAUAACUGUAACAGUUCUAUCCCCCUCUGUUUUUUCUUAACAUACGGGAUAGAUUUUACUAAUAUCAAUAAAAUAAGUUGAAAUAUAGUAGUGAUAUGAAUU